AUGAAGUCGUUAGCUUCUCCGCCGUGCCUCCACCUAACUCCGACAACACGCCGUCAACUCCACCCGCGUCAUCCCUCUUGUUAUUACUCUUCUGUAAUCAAAUCCAAAAGCCUAUCAUUCUCUUCAUCAUCCACAUCAGGUUUCGCGACCCCACUCGUUGUAGAGAAAGAGCUACGCUCGUCGUUCGUGACGGAAGCUGUUCGACAUCUCACUGGGUCGCUUAUCAGAGGGGAAGGUCUUAGAUUUGCUAUUGUUGUUGCUCGUUUCAAUGAGGUUGUGACCAAGUUGCUUUUGGAAGGAGCUAUUGAGACUUUCAAGAAGCAUUCUGUUAGAGAAGAAGACAUUGAAGUUAUAUGGGUUCCUGGUAGCUUUGAGAUAGGUGUUGUUGCGCAGAAGCUUGGGAAAUCUGGAAACUUUCAUGCUGUUUUGUGUAUUGGUGCUGUGAUAAGAGGAGAUACCACACAUUAUGAUGCUGUUGCCAACUCUGCUGCUUCUGGAGUACUUUCUGCUGGCAUUAAUUCAGGUGUUCCAUGCAUAUUUGGUGUGCUGACAUGCGAGGACAUGGAUCAGGCUCUGAAUCGAUCUGGUGGCAAAGCUGGAAACAAGGGAGCUGAAACUGCUUUGACGGCGCUCGAGAUGGCUUCGUUGUUUGAGCACCACCUAAAAUAG